AUGCGACAACAAUAUGGGUUCGUUUUUCUCCUACUAUUAUUUAUCUCUAAAUAUCAUGCGCAAAAUCCAACGACAAUAUCUCCUCUCGAAUGGAAUGGUGACCCAAAGUUAUGCACAGUUAAUCCAUCAGUUACACCUUCGACAAUACCUGGACCACCACUACCUAAAUUUCCAAACAAAGCUGAAUUUGCCUUAGAGCGCGUCGAAAUUAGGCAUAUGUCGAAUAUAACCUUGCCAAGCGAAAUAACUAUGUAUCAAUAUAUUUAUGAUUAUGAUGCUAAUCAAUUAAUUAUGGUUAAGAAUAACAAGGGUUUUAUUGACGUUGGAUAUUAUUACUACGGUAUAAAGAAGAAGUCAACUUAUUAUGGAGGAAAUUUUUGUGUUGUGAGCGAUAUUCCAAUAGAAAACGAUAUGGAUGGUGCAUCAGCAAUAAAAUUCCCAAAUGGCACAUCGCAUAUUCGUCCAAUGAAUGAAUUUCUUUUAUUUUCAAGUGCGAAUCCAAAUCGACCAGUUAUACCAAUAUAUCUUGGUCAAGAUAUAAUACGUGGAAUUCCAGUGGAUAAGUGGCAAAGUUGUAUUAUCGACAAAACAAACUUACAAACAACACGACGCAUAUGGACGUUCGCUCAGCAAGGUGUUGUUAUGCCGGGUAGUACAAUAGAAAAUUAUGCCAUUCCUGUCCAAGCAUUAAUUAGUGCUUCAGUUGUCUUUCCAAAUGGCACACAAGCAGUUGAAUUCGAUGAAGUAUUUAAUAUUCUUUCAUUUCGGCCAGGUAUUACGGAAACAGCAGAUGCAUUAGCACCACCAAAAGGUGUUUUUUGUGCUAGUGGUCCAGGUCAAACUUUAGUAUCACUUACAGAUGUUGGUGUUAGUUGGCCAAAUCGUUUUUCUGUUCGUGUUGAUACUUCAACAUCACAUUCUUCACGUUGGCAACGAUUUCAUUUACGUUAUGAUCAAGGUCGUGAUGGUGGUUCAAGACGUAUACGUUAUGAUUUUAUGCCACCUGGUUCUGAAGAUUUUCAAUCGAUCAUUCAUGAUUAUUCUGAUAAUGUAACCUAUAUUAUUGAUCAACGUGUUGGUAGCUGUAAAAUCAAUGCAGGUGUAUACGUACCAGAUGUUAGUUCUAUUUCUGAUCCAAUACGAUUUUUUGUUAAGCAUGAAGCUUAUUUUAUAUUUAAUCCACCUAGAAAUGCUUGGGAAUAUAAUGGAUUUCGAUCAUGUCGUGGCAAUACUAUUAAAUGUACAAUAUUAACAACAUCAGUAGAUAACUUUCCUGCUAUGGUUGAUUUAGAUACGGGUGUGCCGACAGGUGAAACAUGGGCAGCCACCAAUAUUGAAUAUGGUUGGUCCAUGCGUGCACCGUAUGCUCGUCCGCCAAGCGAUCGACCUAAACAAUUUGAUUAUCCUGUAAGCUUAUAUUUAAAAAUGUAUCGAUUUCGAGAUCCAAAUAAUCCAUCGCCAUUGAAUAUUCUUACAGAAGAUAUUGAAUAUGAAUUUUAUGAAAUGGCGCAUGACUUGGAACUAUCUGAUUUCGAUACGACUCCUAAUGUCAAUAAUUCUCACACUAAUGGCCAACGAAUUAAGCAAGAAAAAUACACGUCAGCAGCUCAAGCCGGUGCUAUUAUCGGUGGGCUUAUUGUCGGCAUAGUGCUUGGCUUGUUUGCAAUUGCUGCCGUUCAACUUCUAGACAAAAAAUCAGCGCCUGUUGUUUCUUCCAACAUUAGCGGUAGUUUUAAAAAUGCCAACUCGGAUAGGACGAAACCAGAAACACCUUUAACUAUGCAAAAUUUACAAGCUGCAGUGGAUACAUCCCAUGCUUGA